AUGGAUUGGGAUGUACAGCCUCUGACUGUUGACGACUUCCCAGAGAGCGCCGCUGAUGAGGAUGACGAAGACGGGAGUACUGAAGUGGAGAAGGGUCGGAUCUUGUUUUGCUACAUGGUAGAUCUUACACAGAUCUUGGCGCAGAUCCUAUCGACUUUCUAUACACUAAAGGCCGAGCGCGACUUCGCCAGUCGUGCGCACGAAGGCGUACGGUCGCUGCUUAAUGCAGCGAAGCCUUUGCAGCUCACUCUACGUCAAUGGUAUGCCAACAUGCCAGCUGCGCUCAAAGUACAGGACAUAGCUGCAAGGAAGCUCUCCAGCGUCGGCUAUCUUCACCUUGGCUACUACGCAGUCGAAAUGACGCUUCACCGACGCAUCAUCCGCUCGUUAUCUCCAGCAGACGACCCCGAACUCCACAACAUAUGCCGACAAGCAGCGCAGAUCCGACUCACAUCUGCCAUGAGCUUCGUUCAAUCUCUGCGACCCGAGCACUUCCAAUCCUUUUGGUAUUCAUCGUCCACCUACAACUUCAUACUCGUCGGUUCUUUUAUCUCACUUCUUUGGGUGACAUCUCCCAGUAGGGAAGAGACAGCCACAUACCGCGCCCAUCUAGACCAGUAUAGGUGGAUCAUACGCCUCUCGAGCAAGUCGGCAGACUUCCUUGAAAGAGCCCUAGUGUCACUGGAUGUGUCGUCCAGUGCGCUAAUGAAAGCCAUUCCUGACGAAAUCAACUCACCCGCUACAGCGAUUGGUCGUCAGGCCAGCACGGGAUCAAGUCGCGAUAAUGGUGCGCUCAUACCUGAGAGCAAUAGGCCCGUGUCUGUUUCGUCGACUCCCUCCGCUACCCGAUUCGAAUACAAUACAUUGCUGGAAGGCACCGACCUCGCUGACCACUCGUGGUUUGAUGUGAUACACGAGAACAACUUCGGCAAUGCGUACAAUGGCCAUGGUGUAACUCCGCCUGGGCAGUCGGACGUGCCAUGA